CCUGUCCCUGCUCAGACACUGUCACCGCAGGGCCUGGCACAGGCAGCACCAGCCGGCACCCACAGUCCUGGCAGCAUCGUGGGUCCGUCUGCCACAGCUGGCAGAGGGCUCCUCCCCAGAGGCAGUGCAGAGGGGCCAGGGCAGAGGGGACGUUGGACCUGCUGGCUCCAGGUGCCAGGGAAGAGGAGGAGUGGCUGUGGCAGUGGUGGAGGUGGCUCCGAUCCAUUGAGGGAUAACCCAGCACCAAGCAUAGAGCAGGCUGCCAUGGAUGGGGCCCCGCCGCCCCCCAGCCCCAGCGGGCUCUCGGCAUACGUGGCAGUGUCGCAGCUGCUGGGCCUGACCCUCCUGGGCACCACAGGUGCCUGGCUGGGCCGCUACCGGGGCGGCGUGGCCUGGCACAGCCCCCUGCAGUUCAACGCCCACCCCCUGUGCAUGGUGCUGGGCAUGGUGUUCCUCCAAGGCGACGCUCUCCUGGUGUACCGGGUGUUCAGGCACGAAGCCAAGCGCUCCACCAAGGCACUGCACGCGUUGCUCCACGGCCUGGCCCUGGUCAUCGCCCUCGUGGGCAUCAUCGCUGUCUUCGAGUCCCACCGGGCUAAGGGCAUCCCUGACAUGUACAGCCUGCACUCCUGGUGUGGGAUGGCCACCUUCGUGCUCUACCUCCUGCAGUGGUUCCUGGGCUGUGGUUUCUUUCUGUUCCCCGGUGCCUCCUUCUCGCUGAGAGGCUGGUACAAGCCCCAGCACGUCUUCUUUGGCAUCACCCUCUUCAUCCUCUCCAUCACCUCCUGCUUGUUGGGCAUUACUGAGAUGCUCCUCUUCAACAUCAGUGAUUCCUACAGCCACUUUGUGCCUGAGGGCAUCCUGGCCAACUCCCUGGGGGUGCUGCUGGUGGCCUUUGGGCUGGUGGUGGGCUACGUGCUGACACGGGAGGAGUGGAAGCGCCCACCACUGGCAGAGGAGCUGGCCCUGUCCAUGGACUUCAAGACCCUGACAGAGGGAGAGAGCCCUGGUGGUGGCAGCCAGUGACAUCUGCAGCUCCUGGUCUCCAGCACGGGCUCCUUGUGAUGUCUGAAACGUUCCUGUGCCCCCUGUCUCUGGUGGUUUGCAUCUCUGCCCAGCCCAGGGUGACGAGGACAGCUGGGGAAGGACAUGCUUGGUGCAAUGCUGCCCAUUGGACUCAGCUUGGCUUGGCCUUAAUCCUCCUAAGAUCUGCCCUGUCCAGGCCCUGGUGACCCCGAACCCAUCCCAGCCCUGUGGGAAUGGCAGUGCUGUGGGCAGGGGUUGGCAGGGGCACAGGAGAGGGGUCUCUG